AUGCCGAUGAGUUUGGACUAUUUUACCAGUGCCUACCAAACAAAACAUACCAUUUAUCAAGAGAAAUGUUUUGGGGGAAAAAAUAGUAAAGUCAGACUAACAGGCAUAGCAGCAGGGUGUGCGACGGGAGAAAAAUUACCUAUGUCUGUUAUUGGAAAAUCUAAAAACCCACGGUGUUUUAAGCACAUUAAACAACUUCCUUGCACAUAUAAAAAUCAGCUAAAAUGUUGGAUGACCAGAGACCUUUUUACAGAAUGGGUAAUGAAACUUGACUCAUUUUUUCGUGCUCAAGACAGGAAAGUAGCACUCCUGGUGGAUAACUGUUCUGCCCACCCACACAUUGAAGGGCUAAGUAACAUUAACCUAAUAUUUUUCCCCCCUAACACCACAUCUGUCCUUCAGCCCAUGGAUCAAGACGUAAUACGAAGUCUUAAAGCUCAUUAUCGUCACAAAAUUGUGCAUUUGUGUAUCAAGGCUGUUGAUAAUAACGAACCCAUGCCAAAAAUUUUUAUACUUCAAGCAAUGAAAGAUCUUGUUUCUUCGUGGAAUGCUGUGUCAAAGGAGACUGUCAUCAACUGCUUUAAAAAAGCUGGUAUCAGCAAAACAAACAAGAGUAUUGAAGAAGCUGAUGAUGAUCAUCCUUUAAAAUUUUUGACAGAAGAACUUAACCGUUUGCGAGAGUUAGAUCCUCGUGCCGUCCAAGAAAAUCUCUCAGCGGAAUCUUACAUUGGUUUAGAUUGCGAUGUGGUAACCACCGCUUCACUUGCUACUGAUGCUGAAAUCAUUGCUCAGAUUUUAGACCCUAAUUUUGAAAACGACGAUAAUGAAGUUGAAGAUAGCGUUGACGAAGCUAUUGACGUCGAAGCUCCGCCACUCCCAUCUGAUAUUCAAUUAGAAAUUGCUUUUGAAACGAUUCAAAAUGCUUCGCUAUACAGCUCAAAAUACGGAAAUGAAAUACAAUCCCUAGCACUAAAACUUGAGGAUUCAAUGAAGAUGGAAAAGAUGGAUAAUUUAAAGCAAUAUCAGAUAACAGAUAUUUUCCAAAAGUUGUAG